AUGGCGGUAGCCGACGAGCAGCUGCAGCCCGUGCUGCCCGCCUCCCUGCCGGCCUCGCUGCUGGUUCUCUGCCAUGCCUGCUGCGACUUCGACCCGGAGAUGCGGCCGUCAUUCAAAACCGUUGUCGAGGAGCUGUCGGCGGCGAUCGACGAGAUCAAGGCCGCGGAGGCCGCGGCGGCCGCGCGCGGCGGGCUGCUGGAGCGCCUGAAAAACAGCAGCACGGUGCCAGCCAGCUGGGUGUCUGUUUUGGGGCAGCUCACGAGCCACAUCAGCUAG